AUUACACAUCUUCAUAUGUUGCGCCGAUCUGUUUUUGAACCAUAAAAUGAGAUCCAAUGUUUCAGUCGAGGCAAAGCCGACAAGGCAACAAUAGUUGCACGAGAAGUGUUCUGAGUUGAUAAACAACGCGUUGUGUCAUCGUAAUUCACUUCAAUUCUGAUCGUCAUGAACGACUCUUUGUCUAGAAAAAAGACUCCGGGGUCUUACUCCUCGAGUUUGAAGACUGUCUUAGAUUAUCUGAUAGUCCUCAUCCGUUUGGUUUUUAAUGUGUACGACUACAUGAUCCACAACUUCUUUUGGUUGAUGUACCGGUAUUCUUCGCAGAAAUCGCCCCCAUUCCUAGAUCUCCUUCUUCUGGAUUCUGUCACUCAAUUAGCUUACAAGAUCAGGACAAGAAAGGUGAAAUGUGUGGACGUCUUAGAAUCGUUCAUAUCCCGAAUAAAAGUCAUCAACCCAACCCUGAAUUGUGUGGUUGCAGACAGGUUCGAGAAAGCAAGACAAGAAGCAAGGGGUGUGGAUAAGCUUUUGGAAUCUGGGGAAGUAUCUGAGCAAACGCUUGCCAAAGACAAACCCUUACUAGGCGUACCCUUCACCACCAAAGACGGUAUAGCAGUAGAGGGGAUGAUCUACUCUGCAGGAUUGGUAGUUAGGAAGAACACCAUAGCGGAAAAAGAUGCCAUAGCUGUCAGGAACUUGAGGAACGCUGGAGCCAUUCCCAUAGCACUGACGAACGUUUCAGAACUCUGCAUGUGGUGGGAAAGCGACAACAACGUCCAUGGCCGUUCGAAUAACCCUUACCACACUGCAAGGACUGUGGGAGGUUCUUCUGGAGGCGAAGGAUGCAUCCAAGCAGCGGCGGGUUCCGCUUUUGGGUUAGGUUCCGAUAUUGGGGGUUCCAUUCGUAUACCGUCGUUGUUCAAUGGCGUGUUUGGCCAUAAACCUUCACCUUCAAUAGUAUCGAACGAAGGACAAUUUCCUUCUCCUACUUGUGAAGAGCUUCAAACUUUCUUAGGGUUGGGACCCAUGUGCAGACAUGCAGACGACCUAAUGCCCUUGCUGAAGAUACUUGCUGGCGAUAAGGCAUCUGAACUGAAAUUGCACAAACCGGUUAACAUCAAAGACCUCAACAUUUUCUAUCAAGAAGACGAUCAAGGCUCGCUCUAUGUCUCUCCUGUCAACAAAGAAAUAAGAGCACUUUUCAGAAGAGUUUCUACGUACUUGGAAAAGGCGUACAUGAGUAAAAUUAAAAAAUUGGAAAUUAAAGAUUUUAAGAGGAGUGCCGAGAUAUGGCUGGCUUGUAUGAAAACUGCGAAUGGGCCUUCUUUUCAACAGCAGCUGACCAAUAUGGAGGGCGACCUGAAUAUGCCGUUAGAAUUGUUGAAAUGGUGCUUGAGAUGUUCCAAUCACACUUUCAUAGCAUUGUGCACGGCAAUCGCUGAAAAUACUGGGGUUGAACAUGGAGGUGAAGCACACACUAAACUUAUCGGCUUCAGGGACAAACUCAAGGAAGAGUUAAUAGAAAUUUUGGGCGAAAAUGGCGUUUUGAUCUACCCCACGCACCCCACAGUAGCUCCUUUCCACAAUGAGCCAAUCUUCAAACCCUUGAACUUUUCUUACACCAGCAUCAUCAAUGUUUUGGGCCUACCAGCAACUCAUAUUCCCAUGGGACUGAAUUCUGAGGGAAUCCCCAUGGGUCUGCAAGUUAUAGCGGCGCCAAAUAAUGAUAGGUUAUGUUUGGCGAUGGCCAUAGAAUUCGAGAAGGCUUUUGGUGGCUGGGUUCCUAUAGCAGUCGAUUGAUUGCGCUUUUGAAAAAUUGCUACUAGAAUAAAAUUCCUAAGUCACUGUGAUAAGCACUAAAACUCAGUAUUCUGCAUUUCUUAUAUUAUCUGGGUUUUCAUGUAAUGCAUUUGUGAAAGAAUUUCUGUCAUUGUGAUUUUAUUUUUAUCGAACGCAUUGAAGCAAUUAUAAAACCACAACCUGGAGAAUACUAUAAUCAUUAUGUAUUCAAUAAAACUGUGCUAUUUCAAUAUAAAAUGAAUAUUCUGAUGAAUUAAUUUUAUCUUGUUAUAAAAUUUAGUAGAGUUUUAUUCAAUGAUUUUUAUAACUUAAGAAUAUAUUAGCUACCAUAAUAAAUCUUUAUACAAUGUA